UAACUGGGCUGUCGGGAAAACAGAAAUAACAUAAUGUACACGGAGGUGAUGGUUUUUUGCAGGGGGAAUGCAGAAGUGUUGUUUGCCAUUUCUAAGUGAAUCCCAUCUGUUCAUUGUGAAAGCUAUGGUGAAUUUCUGACCAAAAUACCUAUUUGUGUUCUGCGUGUGUAUUUCUAAUUACACACACACACACACACACAUCUAAACGUAUAUAGACAGGCGGAAAAUGUCAGACAGUCGGUGUAUUUUUACUGGCAAUCAAAAGGCAAAGUGUUGUAAUGUUUCAUCAUGGAUAAGAAGUAAAAUUAAAGAUGAAGGUGUACAAGCACGAAAUAUAAUCAAAUAUAGUGUACCUGUUGAUAAUCCUAGUCCUUCUAAACGUCAAACACGAAAAUGUGAUUUCAGUCUGUCUUCAUCUGAAAUUGUUCCAAAGAUGAUGGCUGAUGAUACAGAGAAUGACAUAAUGACCUCGACAAGUAUUGUAUCUUCACAUAAAGAAGGCGGAAGUCGUCGAUCAUCCUUAUCUUCUAUUGUCGACAUUCCGGAAAUCAUAAACAAUAGGAUUAGUCUGUAUACGAAUAAAUUUCAUGAAGAACAUUCAAAGUCUGAUGCACAUUCUGUCAGUUUAAUAUCAAACACCAACUCGAAAACUGUUUGCCCAGCACAAUCUCGUCAUUGUCGGCGGCUUACUUCAACAACAAAACCAACAACAGCUCUAUUAUAUAGGAAACCUCUCACUGAAAGUGAAUAUAAAGCACGUUAUUGGGGUCAAAUGUUAGAUACUUUAAGGCGAACUAUAGAUGAGAUCUAUUCAGCGUGUGAAACUGACGAGAAUGAAGUGGAAUGCAAGGAAGUUAUCAUGAUCCUGGAACACAGUAAACAAGACUUUUUCUCAUUAAUUGAAAAAAUGAAUUUACUACGGGAUUAUGAACAAGCUGAUGAACAAAAUAAACCAAAUUCUCUUGCAUGGGAUGAACGUACUACCCUACCAGGAAAACCAAUUAUGUGUCAAGUUCUUGCCUCUACUGCAUUCGCCUCAGUCAAAAAACCAUCCUAUCCAUCAAUUCCAUCAAUUCAAUUCAGUAAUAAAUCAGAUAGCAGUGUCAUAGAGAUUGUAGAUUGUAGUGAUUCUGAAUUCUUCGAUGGGAAUGAUAGAUCGGGUAGCAAUUCUUGUAUAUCAGAUAGGAGAUGUAAAUUGCUUAACGCAAAAAAGAACAAUAAUAGUAAUAAUCGUAAUAGUAAUAGUAAUAAUAAUAAUAAUCCCAAUGGAGAAGAAGACGAAGAUAAUGAAGAAGAAGAACCUAGUAGUCUUUCUCGGCCUUCUAUGAUACCUUCUCUUCCAAACGAUUAUGAAUCAUGUAAACGAGUUGGCGCCAAACGAAUUCAUUGUAACUCGGAGUUACAGCAAACUACUACUUACAAUAAUAGUAGUAGUGGUGGCAGAGAUAAAUUCAAAUUAUGUUCUACAGGUCUAGACAAUCAAGCGUGUCAUGAUAACGAUGGUGAUGAAGAGGAAGUUGACGCGUACACUGCUGAUUUAUCUAUGUGUAGAACUACUGAUGAAAAUGAUACUGUCGACAUAGAACAUGAUCAUCACCGUCAUCAUAAUCAUCAGGGAGAGGAUAUGACUAGAUAUACAUAUUUAGUUGAUGAUGAUGUUGACGAUGAAUACGCUGAUCAAGAGGAUAAUACACUGUCACGUGAUUUAGAAAAGCUGGACAAGGCUAUUGAACAUGUCACUACUGCUGAACGUGUACUGUCACACCAGUUAGACAGAGCUCAGUUAGCCGAGGCUGCUCUUCGUAGACGUUUAAUUGAAGAAGAAGAGGAGAAGGCGGCAUUUGUCCAAUCCACUGGUUAUAAUCAAUCUUGGUAUCUUCAUAGACAUUGGCAUAAAAAUGGGGGUGGUAAUAAUAAUAAUACUAAUAAUAACAACAAUAAUAGUGGUAGUAAUAAAAGUUUCAUCAAACCUGCACAUAAUCAAAGUCAUCACCUCAAGUCAGGGGAUAUUCAUCGUCCAUGUAAUACUACCGAUGAAUUAGGCAUUGAUACAGACGCGGAUGUAGUAGAUAUCGACAGUGUUACACUGGAUGACGAUGAUGUUGACGAGGUUGAUGAGUCAGAAAAACUGAUUGUUACUACUACUACGACUACUAUCACAAAGGAGAAAAUGCCUACAAGUGUUACAAAUCAUCAACCCUUGAAUUCUGCUGCUACUCUGCUGCUGCUGCUGAUACUAUUCAACCUGGAUCAAAUAUUGAUCUAGUUAAAAAAACAACUAUCAAUGCUGAUUCUGAGAGGAAACAUCAGCCCUGUUGUAAUUGUCAUUGUCAUAACCAGAAUUAUAAUAACGAUAUCUCCAACAGUCAGUGUAAUAAUGUGACUAGUGAAAAUAAGACUACUACUGUUGAACAAGUUCCAAAAAAAUCCACCUCUCAAAAUUGUUCCCUGUCUAAGCCUAAUUCAUCACAAUCUCAGUAUUUAACGAACAACAAGACUACAACAAUCACUGCGCAUAAAUCAGAUAUUCCUCUAACUGAUAUGCAGAUAAAUCAAUCGGAAAUCAAUGCGGAUGAGUAUGGCUACCAUAAGAGUUAUGCAAAAAGUGAAGUAUACAACGGUCAGUGUUUUACUUCAGUAAAAUCAG